AUGGGUGCGGGGAAGUCCAAGCUCGCUCUGGAACGCGUUUUAAUCGCGAGGUGCGUCGAAGACUUUGAACACCAACGACUUGAACACCAACACCCUUUCCUAAUAAGAAAGGAUGGAACUGGAAAUACUGUCGUAUUCGCGAAAAGUCAAAGCAGCGGGAAAGGCGCGUUUUUCGCGUGGAACAUGGAAGCGCAAUCAAAGAGACCAAUAAAACCAGCAUUUCUGUCCUCGUCGUCGUCGAUAUUAGGGGGAAGCGAAGAGGACAUUUUCAGCGUAGCGCCUUACGCGGCGGCGGAUAUUAGGAACGAACGGAGAGCGAGACGACCGAAAGGUUUUCAACAUCAUCAUCAAAAACAACAACACAACGGCAACGAUACUACUGGCGGCGAGAAGAAAGAGGAAGAGACGGAAAAUCCUGAAGACGAGAGCGAGAAGAAGAGCACGAAUGCGACGAGAAAACAGCUCGGGUCGCUGGAUGAAAAGUCUGUCGUUUUAUCCGUCGCGGGCGAAGCGGGACCAAACGUAAAAAUUCGCGCCCAGUUUAUCGGGAACGAGACGAACGGCAUGCGAGACGCGCAAGUCGUCGCGAACGCGAUACCCUCGUCGUUUUUUGUCGGGCGGAAUUUGAAAGAUCGGGUGGAAGUGUUCGCCGAGCGGUCGAGGUUGGUGGUUGUUGGGAUAGACGAAGAGGACGAGUACGAGGACGGAAACGAUGUAAAGCGCGAGAGGAGGAUAAAGAAGAAAGGAGACGCGAUAAGAAACGCAGUGAACAUACUCGACGACGAGAUGGUAGCCGGGGUUAAGUUUAUGCCACCACCACCACCGAAAAGAGAAGAAGAAGAAGAAGAGAAACAAAAAGCGAAUACUCUGAACAACAAGGAAAAACGGGAACGGCUUAAAACGUACGCCACGGUGCGAGUGACGCCGACAAAAUCGAGCGUUCAAGCGACGGUCUCGAAUGGGUACGCGCCCGUGCACUCGUUAAUUUCACGCGUGUGUUCGUUAUCGUCGACGAUGGUGACCCCGCCGAGUUUUGACGAACAAUUGGUGUUGCACUCGAACGUUUCCAACGGGACAAAAAAAGCGCUUCUCUCGUGUAGAGCCGAAAAGGACGUGUUGGAAAACAACGCGGGCAAGAUUCGUUUCGCGCAACGCCUAUCGAUUGACUCGAACGGAAACAGCGCGAAAAGCAUUCGAGCGAGCUUGUCGCACACGACGAGUAGUGUCGCAGAUGAUACUUCUCCACCGGAUCCGGAGGAAACACCGGAAGAAAUCCUGUCGUCGAAAGGGAAAAAGACGCGAACGCACACGACGGCGACCGUCAAUCUUCGAGAAAAGAAGAGCCGAGGAAGAAUAAAGCCCGGUGAAAUCGUCGAGUCUCACCAGCAGCAACGAUUUGAAAAACACCGAGCGUGUACGUUCGCGCUUCGACGCGCAGACCCACAGAAAGGCUCGACGCUUUCUUUCGAGCUCGCCAAACAGCUUAAAGAUUCCGCCUUUCGUCCUAAGCUGAACGUGGCAAAACAGUUUUUCCUCGCGCGUACCAACGACGACGACGUAAACGACCAUCACCACCACCAACAACAAACGUACAAACUUUCGUGCACCGUAACCAGUCGUCUCGUCGAAGCCGAACUCGCUCGAAAGUUCAAGCUCACCGAUUCCAUCGAAGGCGAAAUAGUCGUCGGGGCGAAACUUCUCGCCUCGAGACACUACGCCUACGGUUUUUGGAACGCCAAUCAUCAUCAUCACCACAACCACGCGCAGGUGACCACCAGAGACGCAAUGGUUGGCGUGUAUUUCGGUUCCUGUAAAGAUAUUUUAUAA